GCUUCAUCUCGAAUAAUGUCGAAUAAUGACAAUAAUGUCGAAGCUAGAAGGCGAAUCCGAGAGGCGUGCCACAACCUGUCGCGAGAGGCGAGAGAAUUGUACUUGCAGAGCAAAGUUGCGGAAAUAGAUGACUCGAUUACGCCGCUCGCUUUCUACCGCGAGUACGUCUCGAAGAACGUACCACUAGUUAUAAGAGGCGUAAUAAAACAUUGGCCCGCUGUGAGCAAAUGGUCUAUACCGUAUUUUCGCAAGGUGAUCGGUGACGAAAAGGUUUCGGUCGCCGUAACGCCGAACGGCUAUGCGGAUGCGAUAGCCGAACGGGAUGAUGACGCUAAAGAAUUCUUCGUAAUGCCCGAGGACCGUCUACUCACGAUAUCAGCAUUUCUCGACACGUUGGAGAACACGAAGGAGAACAGUGUAUUUUACAUACAGCAACAAAACUCAAAUUUUAUGCAUAGCUUUCGCAAGUUGUGGCCAGAUGCAGAAACCGAGAUAUCAUGGGCCAGCGAGGCGUUUGGAAAGCAACCUGACGCUGUGAAUUUUUGGAUGGGAGACGAAAGAGCUGUGACUUCCAUGCACAAAGAUCCUUAUGAAAAUAUAUAUUGCGUUGUGUCUGGUGAAAAGAACUUUAUCUUACAUCCUCCCACUGAUCUGCCAUGGAUUCCAUAUCGAACGUAUCCGUCUGCCGUUUACAAGGAGUGCGAACCCGGAAAAUGGAUUAUCGAAUCCAUAGUUAAUGGAACACCUAAUUCCGAGGAAAUCACAAAUCUCGCAUCGACGCCAUGGAUAUGUGUGGAUCCCCUAAAUCCAAACUAUGAAAAAUUUCCAGAAUAUCGUAAUACACAUAGCUUGAAAGUCACACUCAGAGCUGGAGAUGUAUUGUACUUGCCGUCGUUAUGGUUCCAUCAUGUGACACAGUCUCACGCUUGCAUAUCCGUUAAUUAUUGGUACGAUAUGGAAUUCGAUAUCAAGUAUGCCUACUUCAAAGCACUCGAGACAUUGUGCAAAUAAACGAAACGUACAAUCGUAUUAUAUUUUUACGAAACUGCCAAGAAACUACAGGAAAAUUUAAGUCAGGCUGUUUCGUCGUUAUCUCCGGUAUUUCCGAUAGUUGUUCUCGCGUUUUCUCCGUUGCUCCUCCGCCUGCUGUCGCAGUUUCUCGGGAUUCAUAUGUGUGGUCACCAUGUGCC